CGUGCUGGCAUCUCCCGCUUUGCCAGUCUCGCGUCUCCGCCGUCGCGUCUCCCUCCUGCGCCCCCUGCGCCUCCCAGCAGGCGCCGGCUCUCCCCUCCCUCCUCCUCCGGCUCUCGCGGACUCAUUCGCACGGGAAGGAGGCGGCUGCACGCCUGGCCGUCUAAGCGGGCACAGCUCCGGCUGAGGGAGGACUUCACGGACGCAGGUUGGGUGGGUGCAGCGGCGAGAGCCACGGCGAGGGAGAUCUGGGGUAGCAUGGCCGGGAGAAGCGCCUUCCCCGCCGCCGCGCUCCGGCUCUGGAGCAUCCUCCCGUGCCUGCUGGUACUGCGGGCGGAGGUCGGGCAGCCGCGGGAGGAAAGCCUGUACCUGUGGAUCGAUGCUCACCAGGCAAGAGUGCUCAUAGGAUUUGAAGAAGAUAUCUUGAUUGUUUCAGAGGGGAAAAUGGCCCCUUUUACACACGAUUUCAGAAAAGCACAACAGAGAAUGCCAGCCAUUCCUGUCAAUAUCCAUUCCAUGAAUUUUACCUGGCAAGCUGCAGGGCAGGCAGAGUACUUCUAUGAAUUCCUGUCCUUACGCUCCCUGGAUAAAGGCAUCAUGGCAGACCCAACUGUCAAUGUCCCUCUGCUGGGAACAGUGCCUCACAAGGCAUCAGUUGUUCAGGUUGGUUUCCCAUGUCUUGGAAAACAAGAUGGAGUGGCAGCUUUUGAAGUGAACGUGAUUGUAAUGAAUUCUGAAGGCAACACCAUCCUACAGACGCCUCAAAAUGCUAUCUUCUUUAAAACAUGUCAACAAGCCGAAUGCCCAGGAGGGUGCCGAAAUGGAGGCUUUUGUAAUGAAAGACGCAUCUGUGAGUGUCCUGAUGGAUUCUAUGGCCCUCACUGCGAGAAAGCCCUUUGCACACCACGGUGUAUGAACGGCGGGCUCUGUGUCACUCCUGGGUUCUGCAUCUGCCCACCUGGAUUCUAUGGAGUCAAUUGUGAUAAAGCAAACUGCUCAACUACCUGCUUUAAUGGAGGGACCUGUUUCUACCCUGGGAAGUGUAUUUGCCCUCCAGGACUAGAGGGGGAACAGUGUGAAAUCAGCAAAUGCCCGCAACCCUGCCGAAAUGGAGGUAAAUGCAUUGGGAAAAGCAAAUGUAAGUGCUCCAAAGGUUACCAAGGAGACCUCUGUUCAAAGCCUGUCUGUGAGCCUGGCUGUGGUACACAUGGAACUUGCCAUGAACCCAACAAAUGUCAGUGUCAAGAAGGCUGGCACGGAAGACACUGCAAUAAAAGGUACGGAGCCAGCCUCAUGCAUGCCCUGAGGCCAGCAGGCGCCCGGCUCAGGCAGCACACGCCUUCACUUAAAAAGGCCGAGGGGAGGCAGGAUCCACCUGAAUCCAAUUACAUCUGGUGAACUCCGACAUCUGAAACGUUUUAAGUUACACCAAGUUCAUAGCCUUUGUUAACCUUUCAUGUGUUGAAUGUUCAAAUAAUGUUCAUUACAGUUAAGAAAACUGGCCUGAAUUUUAUUAGCUUCAUUAUAAAUCACUGAGCUGAUAUUUACUCUUCCUUUUAAGUUUUCUAAGUACGUCUGUAGAGUGAUGGCAUAGAUUUUCUUGUUUCAGUGUUUUGGGACAGAUUUGAUGUUAUGUCAGUGGAUCAGGUUAAAACUGUGUCUUUUCAGUUGUGUAGCUGGCAAAUUAUUUCCAAAAUUGCAAUGCAUUCACGGUGUCAAGGGGCUGGGGAACACUGAAGAAGAUACGUGGAACAAAAAUGCAUAAAUCACAGCGUUUGGAUGAAGCACUUAAUUGUGUUGAAGUUACAACAUUUCUAGUGUUAUUGUCAGGUAUUUAGACAUUUGUCACAUUUUUAAAAUUCCCCUUGUUUGUAAAUUCUCAACACAAUAUAUUUUGGCCUUACCAUGAUUCCAGAGAAUUCACUAGAAAGAAAGAAAGAAAGAAAGAAAGAAAGAAAGAAAGAAAGAAAGAACACUGUGGCAGUGGCAUUUAACAAUAUAAUAUAUGUAAACACAAUAAAAUAGGGAAUAUAAUGUAUGGACUUUUGGCAUUGGCUUGAAGCAAUAUAAUAUAUUGUAAACAAAACACAGCUCUUACGUAAUAAACAUUUUAUACUGUUUGUAUAAAAUAAAGGUGCUGCUUUAGUUUUCA